CUACAGGGGGAUGAGGUAUUCUCCUUUCGUACAGCAGGUCACAACGCUCUUCUGUCCCGCUGGCGCAGUCAUCCGACGGUUCGCUGGAUUCCGUCCUUCAGUUGUCCAAGCGAGUAAAGAUACCUGGUUUUUAAAGCAACGAAAAUGAACACACUCUUCAAUGGCCACCACGAGGGGAACAGGUCAGCGCCGUUUACCACCAUGUCGCCAGGGAUCGCCGAAGCGGUCAACCACACCUGCCGCUUCGACGAGGAGUUCAAGUACAUCCUGCUGCCCGUGUCCUACGGCCUGGUGUGUGUGUUCGGGCUCCUGUUCAACGCCGUGGCCCUCUGGAUGUUCCUGACCAAGAUGAGGCCCUGGAACACCAGCACGGUGUACAUGUUCCACCUGGCGCUGUCCGACAUGCUGUACGUGCUCUCCCUGCCCACCCUCAUCCACUACUACGCCAACCGCAGCCACUGGCCCUUCGGCGUGGCCCUCUGCAAGUUCGUCCGCUUCCUCUUCUACGCCAACCUGUACUGCAGCAUCCUCUUCCUCACCUGCAUCAGCGUGCACCGCUACCUGGCCAUCUGCCACCCCAUCCGCACCGUCACCACCAUCAAGCCGCGGCACGCCCACGUGGUGUGCGGCCUGGUCUGGGCCACGGUCGGCGCCUGCCUGGUGCCCAACCUGGUCUUCGUGACCACGUCCGAGCGCGACGGGUACACGCUGUGCCACGACACCACGCGUCCGGAGGACUUCGAGCAGUACGUGUCCUACAGCUGGGCCGUGAUGGUGCUGCUCUUCGGCAUCCCCUUCCUGGUCAUCAUGGCGUGCUACUGCCUGAUGGCGCGGGCGCUGUGCCGGCCCCGGGGCGGCCUGGCCUCCGGCCAGGAGAGGGCGCCCUCCGCCCACAGGAAGUCCGUCAUGCUGAUCGUGGUGGUGCUGGUGGUCUUCGCCGUGUCCUUCGUGCCCUUCCACAUCACGCGCACCCUCUACUACGCGUACCGCGCGCUGGAGGCCGACUGCGCCGUGCUCAACAUCAUCAACUUCGCCUACAAGAUCACCCGCCCGCUGGCCAGCAUCAACAGCGUCAUCGACCCCAUCCUCUACUUCCUGGCUGGGGACCACUACCGCUCCAAGCUCCUCAAGGCUCUGCCCUGGCGGAAGCACAACACUGCCACUGCUUACGCUGUGCCCCUGCAGCUGCCGAACAGUCGCGAAAUGGGGCUCGCCAACAACAAACAACACCCCAAAGCCUGAGUUCAACCGGGGAAGUGAGAACGAGAGCAGGGCGGAGAGUGAUACUAGUGGCACUGUGAGGGGGGAAAUUGUGGCAGAAGCUCAGGUAACUCCUGAGACCUUGCUCCAGUCUAUGUUCAUUGCUGGGAUGUCCUACUGGUUGUCUUGGUGACAACUAAUGGGAUCUUAAGCACAGUGCGCCCUGGGAUGGGCCGUACGACGCGGCCAGGACAGAAGGCCGCCAUUUUAUGGGCGUCUAAAUUCCGUGCCGAGGAAUGAGCCAGGUCUGAGUCAGGCUUCCUCCCAGAGCUCAUAGUUCAUUGGAGACAGCUGGAGAGAGGACGUUGGAGGAAGUGGCCUUCACCUUGACCCCGAGGCUUCCAGACUAACCAAGUAAAGCUGCGUCGUUGGAACUAGAACUCACAAGCAGCGUAGGUUGCUUAUUAAUGCCCUAAAGGAAAGGAGACAGUGGAGCUUCUUGAAGGAGGAUCAAGCAAACUAAGGCAGUCAGACAUGAUUAGAUCUUCUAAGCCUUAAUCACGGUAAUGAUAGAUUCCCCUCACACCUCACAAGUGACUGCUUUGUGGCCAGUGCCCGUUCCCAGAUACACUGUGCCAUUGUAUGCCAGACCAACAAUAUUGUCACUGUUACUGGACCUGGCACCCUCAACCCACAAUUCCAGCCUUGAGGAAUUUCAGGACAAAGCCACGUUCAUACAGACAAUAACUCAGUGCUUCGGAAGAUUGCCUCAGCAACGUGCUACCGAGACAUUACUGUUGGAAGAAAUGGUCUGGGAUGUAGACAUUUUAUUUUGCAUGCAAUGUAGAAAAUGCUGGCGGGGGGGGGCAUUCAGUCUUUUGCUGGUGGUUUGGCUAAAAACAAACUGAAAUCAAGGAUCACAGACUAUUACUGUGUAGGUAACUGUUAAGGUACAGAAAACUGAAAAGCACGGAGUGAGCUGUCCCUUUAGGCAGACUAAACUGAAAAGGUGGUUAAACUGCCUGUUCCAGUACUACCGGAAACUGCUCAUAGGUCGACUGGAAAGAGUGGGGAAAUAAAAUAAAGCUCCUCCCACUACAUGGUGGGAGUUGUUUUCAGGAAAUAA